AUGUCUCAAGAUUCCUCUGAUGAAGAAUUCGAAAAAUUUGAACCUUCUUUGCAAAACGUAAUAGACCAAAAUUCCCUACAUUGGAUUUUUGUCGGUGGAAAGGGAGGCGUGGGUAAUAAUAACAACGAAAUGUUAGGUAAAACGACAACAUCGUGUUCCCUCGCAGUGCAGCUGAGUAAAGUGAGAGAGUCAGUUUUACUAAUAUCAACUGACCCCGCACAUAAUUUGAGUGAUGCUUUUGGGCAAAAAUUCAGUAAAGAAGCUACGCUAGUAGAUGGAUUUACGAAUUUGUAUGCAAUGGAAAUUGACCCGACAUCAUCGAUUCAAGAAAUGCUAGAUCAAUCUGAACAGCAAGGUGGAGGAGCUAUGGGAGCUAUGAUGCAGGACCUCGCCUUCGCCAUUCCUGGUGUUGAUGAAGCUAUGGGUUUCGCUGAAGUUAUGAAGCAAGUAAAAACAAUGGAAUAUUCAGUAAUCAUCUUUGAUACCGCCCCCACUGGUCAUACAUUGCGGUUUUUGAGCUUUCCUAGUGUGUUGGAAAAGGCAUUAGCAAAAAUUUCGCAAUUGAGUGGACGGUUCGGACCAGUUUUUCAGCAAGUAAGAGUGAACACUAUUGGAAAAUGGGGCAGAAUGUCUGGUAUGAUGGGUCUUAAUGCUAAUCAAGAAGAUAUGUUUGGAAAACUUGAAGGAAUGCGUGCCAUUAUUACUGAAGUGAAUAAUCAAUUUAAAGAUCCGGAUAAGACUACAUUCAUUUGUGUAUGCAUUUCCGAGUUCUUGUCACUCUAUGAGACAGAACGAAUGAUCCAAGAAUUAACCACUUAUCAUAUCGAUACUCACAAUAUUGUUGUAAAUCAAUUAUUGUUUCCACGGAAAGAUUCUGAUUGUGAACAGUGCCUCGUUCGACAUAAAAUGCAACAAAAAUAUCUGGACCAAAUUUACAAUCUUUAUGAAGAUUUUCACAUUGUACUAAUGCCGCUUUUGACAAAAGAAAUACGUGGUACACAAGAUAUUAAAGAAUUUUCUGAAAUGCUAGUUAAACCAUUUGCUCCUCCGGAUUAUUCAUUGAUGGAUGAUAGUCAGUGA